CUCCACAACCUUAUAACAGAAAACAACCUCCACAUUUCACUCUCCAUAUAACAAACUAAUUAACCCAUCAACGCUCAUCUUAUUUCUUUUACUCUGUCCUUCAUAAUUCUCUUCACCAUUCUUAUUCCAUCCCAUCAUCUUUACCAUGACAUGAACAAUACCUUCAUCAAUGACAAUGUCUAACCGCCCUUCUAAAUGGUUUAACAAACUCUUUCGCCGUCGCAAUCGCCACCUCAAAAACCUCUCCACUUCUUCUAUAACCACCACAUUCACCGAACAACUCAUCAAUAACAGCAACGUUGAUGACGCUAACAAGCAUGCAAUAGCGGUGGCUGCCGCGACUGCAGCCGUUGCAGAAGCUGCUCUUGCGGCGGCACAAGCGGCGGCAGAGGUUGUCCGCCUCACCACAAAUGGACUCUCACCAACAGGACAGAUUAGUAGAAGGUGGUCGUUAGAGUUUUUAGCUGCUGUUAAGAUUCAGUCCGCUUUUCGAGGUUACCUGGCAAGGAGGGCUCUAAAGGCACUAAAAGGAUUGGUUAAACUUCAAGCUCUUGUAAGAGGCCACUUUGUUAGAAAACAAAGCACAGACAUGCUUAGACGCUUGCAAGCCUUGGUUCGAGUCCAGAAUCGUGCUCGUGCUAAUCGUGCACUAAGCAUAGAUUCGCCAGUUCAUGACCGGAAUGAAAAGCUUGUGGAUUCCCCUAUCGUCAAGAGAUGUAAUUUGACUACAAGCAACAGAGAGGUUAUAGGCAAUGACAGCACUAAAUAUUCGGCUACGAAUUGGGUGGAUAAUUGGGUGGAAGCAGGCUCUACACUUAGCAAUCAUAGCCCGAUCAAGAUUCUUCGAUCGGAGAAUGAAAAGUGCGACAAAAUCCUAGAAGUCGACAGCUGGAAACCUCACUCGAAUCUCAGAAAAACACGAAUCCAGUCUUUUCGACAGCACACUCCGAUGCACCACAUUACAAUCCAAGACUACCAUAACCGGAGUUUUGCAGCAUCAGAUUACCUAGCCCGAUAUUGCCCCAUCAAUGAUUUAAGUAAGCUCAAUGCAAGCCCAUCUGUUGAUGGUGAUGCUACUUCUUUGAAAUCCUUACAAAUCCCCUUGGAAGCGUGCCCUACUACCGAUAGUACUAGCCCACCUGAUCAGGCCUCUUUAUCAGCUGGUCCCAGAGCAUUUGGAAGUUCUAGAAGAAGUCCUAAAACCCCUUUGAGAUAUGAAUACGCUGCUAGUAGAAGCUUGUGGAACAAUGGGUUUGCGAGUUUUGCGAGUCCUAGUUACAUGGCUAACACGGAGUCCUCUCGAGCUAAGGCUCGAUCAAAUAGUGUACCGAGGCAGAGAGGGGAUAUCAUUACUGAGAAGCAUAGUUCUAUAAAACGGUCUCUUCAUGCGUUUUGGCAGUCGAAAACUUCUAAAAAGAGCUCUGAUCCUUUCACUAACUUAUGAACGAAAAUAAAACAUGCUUAGUUUUGCUUGAUUCUAAGCUUUAAAUGGUUUAAUUCUCUUAAGUUUUAGGGCUGUAACUAUGGUAAUGGUUUAUAACUUUGUGCUUAGUUUUAGCAUAGUCAUAGUGUCCAAACAUGGAUGUUUUUAUAUAAUUAGGGAUAAAGUGUGGGAAAAUCAUGUUUGGACAGAUUAUUUUAUAUAAUUAGUAAUCUGUAUUUAUCUUCCUUCUAUAAAUGUUCUUAAGUUCUAUGUUCUUUCUGUACUUUCUUGUUUGUUAUAUUUUGCCUGGAUUAAUUUGGACCAUUUUAGUGCACAAAAAUUUGCAUAAUUUAUUCUUCAUAAGAAAAGCCAAAAGCAAAAUGACAACAUUUGGCCAAUUUGUCCUCCACUAUGUAGCCACAAAUUUACCUAACUACAUACAAAAUCAUCACAACUUGUAGAUUUUAGCCUCUUCUCAUCC